GACGUGGAAGUGCACCGGAGGGGAAGCGAAGCUAUUACCAUUGGUUCCUCCUUGUCACGGUAAAACCAGCAGCUUUUAGGCUUCAGGUACCAAAGCGCUGGUGGGACGUUGGGAAGAGAAGCCCAUUCUUUUCCCGCGUAGCCUGCCAGUUAUCAUUUAUUUCCGUUGCGACAGGAGGAUAAAGAAGAGCAUUCUUGGAUUCGCAUGCUUAUUAGAUUUUGGUAUGGAGUUUCAAGCAGUGGUGAUGGCUGUAGGUGGUGGAUCCCGCAUGAUGGAUCUGACCUCAAAUAUUCCUAAAGCUCUUCUUCCUAUUGGUAAUAAACCUUUGAUAUGGUACCCACUCAACCUGUUGGAACAAGUUGGUUUUGAAGACAGAUGUGCUGGUGCUGAGCUGUGAUCUAAUUACAGAUGUUGCUCUUCAUGAAGUAGUAGAUUUAUUCCGAACUCAUGAUGCCACACUCUCCAUGUUAAUGAAGAAGGUCUGUGAACCCACCGAACUCGGACCUGGACAAAAAGGAAAGAAAAAAUUAGUGGAACAGCGUGACUUCAUUGGAGUAGAUGCCUCAGGGAAGAGGUUGCUUUUCAUGGCCAAUGAAGCAGAUCUGGAUGAAGAAAUUGUCAUUAAGAGAUCUAUCCUUCAAAAGCAUUCACGAAUUCACAUUAGGACAGGUUUGACGGAUGCUCAUCUGUACUGUUUGAAGAAAUGUGUCAUAGACUUCCUUGUGGAGAACAGGACUUUUACUUCAAUCAGAAGUGAAUUGAUCCCAUACUUGGUUAGAAAGCAGUUUUCCUUUCCUGCACAGUUUCAACAGGACCAAAACUACAAAGAGCAGGACCAAAAGAAAAAGGACCAGAAAACAGACAUUUAUAACUUUAUGAAGGAUGAUAGCUGGUUUGAACUGGGUACAGACAAAAUGUGUUGGAACAAUUGCAGAGGAGAUGUAAAAGAGGCAUUCCAUGGAGGGAAAAUUCGUUGCUAUGUUCACAUCAUGGGAGAUGGACUAUGUUACCGAGUGAACACUCUUGGACUAUAUAUUGAAGCAAAUAGGCAGGUUCCCAAAAUGCUGCCUUCACUUUGUCUUGAAGAACCUCUGGUUCACAGUUCUGCAUCGAUUAUUGAUAAGUGCAUGGUUGGCUCUGACAGCAUUGUAGGUGCAUCCUCUCAAAUAGGCGAAAAGACUUCAGUAAAGCAUUCUGUCAUUGGUACUUCAUGUUUGAUCAAAGAUAAAGUUAAAAUUACCAACUGCAUCAUCAUGAAUUCUGUCAGAAUUGAAGAAGGAUGCAAUUUACAGAAUUGUGUUGUUUGCCAUCAUGCUGUGAUAGAGAAAGGAAGUGACCUCAAGGACUGUUUGAUUGGAAAUAGCCAGCACCUGGAAAUUAAUUCUAAACAUGCAAAUGAAGUUAUUAUGGGCACUGAACAGCUGAUGGAAAUCUGAGUCUGGCAGAACUGAAGAAUGGAUUUCUGGCAACCUGAACCAAUAGCUCAGCUGGAGAUUGUGCUACAUGAAUUUCUCCUGGCAUCACUGACACUGACAGCCACUCCUGCUCCGACUUCUUCUUUACCUCUUAAUAAAGAAAU